UGUACCGGCACGGCGGGAACAGAUGCUACAGCAGCUGUGAAGAAAAAAUCUGACAUUCGAAAACUUUUCCACGAUCUCAGGUUCCGUGAGUCACCUAUUGUAAAAAAAGGCUCUAAAAAUAGUUUAUUUUUUCAUUCUACAUUUAUAAGUUCAAGAAGCUACUAUAAGUUUUGGAGUUAAACAAUUCGAAUUUUAUUUGUUCUCAUAUACUUUAUUCAGGAUUUAAAUCGUCUGGUAGUUGUUACUUCAGUUCUUUUUUUCGGCUGGAGAUCGGUUUAUUUAUUAGAGGAUUAAUCUAAAGAAGUGUUUUUCUAUCGAACAAUGUACAAGUGAAUUUUUCUAAAGAGCUCCAUUUAUUUGUAAGAAAUUGAACUCUGCUAAAAGGUUUACCAGCUCUCCAGUUUUAGAGAAUAUGACGGAACUGAGUCAUAAGAUUUCACUCAAAGACAUUAUUUACAAUGUUAAAGUGUGUGUCUUCCUGUUCAUGUUCUACAUAGAAUCUGUGUCAUCAAUAUGCUAUUUUCCAAUCGAAUUCCAAGGAACGUUUUUAACGCAAACGCAAGCGAGUGCAGCAUAUGGAGGUCACACAGUCACAUAUAGCGAGAUAACUGUAGAAGUUGAUUCCAUACCUCCCUGGGGACGUUGCCAUCGGAGAAGAGGAAACAAUGUUAUACUCAAAGAUUCAACGGGUGGUGAAGAUUGUAUUAGGUGCUUUCAUAUCACAUUAAAAUCCUUAAAUGUUAUACAGAUACACACAGAAGGAUUGGCUAGAUGUUAUACAAAUGAAGAAGCAGCUCGAGCUACAUGUCCGGAUGAAAGAGCAGUUUUAGAGAGGAGAUUCAAAGAGAUCCUGCUCUUCCGCAAGCACGAGCCGGCGACAAUGAUGACGGUAGAGGACCUGUUCUGCCCAAUCAGUGGCAGGUUCAGGUUCACGUACACUGCGAACCACGGGGAGUUCCAGUGUGAGCAACCCUUCUCCGAGCUGAGUAACUGUCCGAAUGGAAAUGGACUCAAUGUCAGAUUCCGACAGUGUGCCUUCCCAGAUAUGAGCAUUCAAUUUUUGUGCCUUGGUGACUGGGCUGGACUGAAUGGCGAAAGAUACAUUGCUUUAAUGGAUUUGAGAGAUGAACCUCAAGCUCGACCCAAGUACAGAUGUGGACUAUAUCGCAAAGAUAAGACUACUGGUCGUGUGUAUGUCUCUUUAGCAUCCGAUUCAACCUGUAUAAAUCAACUCACAUCAGCUACUGUUGGAUAUGAAUCACUGGUACUAAGUCCAUUACCCGACCGCAGUCUUCCUGCCCAGGUGGAGGCUGCCCACUGCCGCUUUCCUGAGUGGUCGCAAGGCCAGUGGGAGCACUUGGUGGUCAACGGCAAUUCUUUCCAGUUCAGGGACCAUACUCUGUUUCAAGACAUCACGGGCCGCUGCAUUCUCCGGGAAAACACGACGCCCAACGACAGAUUCAUUGUGUAUACGGUCACACAGUGUGGCGAAGAAAGUUACAAUUGCAUUUGGUUGCAAAGACGAGCGCCAAAUGUCAUGGAAUUUCAGUUAGGUGUGGAACCCAGUAACACGUAUUCAGAAAGUCUGUGUCAUGACCAGCAGUUCCCUGGUGAGGCAUGGAUUACAGAAGGAAGAUUGCAUAAGAUUCAGAUAGCUGCUUGCCCAAUAAUGGGAGACUACACCGGCGAGGUUCCAGGAACACACGGUUUAUGUGCCAAGGUAUCAUCCGAUUGCAACAAUCCCGACAUCAUGUUCUAUACCGUCAGCAAUUGUGAAGAACGCGGACACGUUUACGAAGAACGAGAAUACCGAUGCUUAGGAAGUUGGGAAGAAGACGGCGUCCUUUUCACUUACACUCAAAGAAGGGACAUGGAGGGAUUCCAAUGUUUCUCUGGAAAGGUGCUUCGAAAUGGAGAAGAGGCUUUUAUCAAAGAAGCGGGCGACAGUUGCAUUCGAGGGGAAGAUCCUCUGAUUUAUGGAAUGAAAAUUAUCAAGCAAUCAUCUUGCCCUCAACUAGCACCAGCUAACUUCGUACCCAUGAGACCGCCGUGGAAGCCUAUGACGUACGCUCCACCACCUCUCCCAACUGGUGUACCUAAACUUCCCAAUCGUCCAUCACCAUCAAGAGAUCCUUACUGGUACCAUACUGCAACAGAGCAGCCAACAACGAAACCUUGGAAACCUAUCACAGGUCGACCCCGUCCUAAUCCAGCGAGUGCCUCAAGCAGACCACAUCACAGUUACAUUCUACAAUGUGUUCUCAGCAUACUUCUUCUACUUUUCGCCUUUUCUCAUCGAUGAGCUGGAGAACUAUUUUUAUAAAGUGUCUUCAAAAAAAAAAUAUGAAAUUCAAAGAGCUUGAUUUUAGCUGGACUAAAUCCAAGUUCGAUUUGUAUGUUCACUGUGAGAUUACAAAUUGAAAUGCAAUGACGCACCCCUUGGAAGAGAUUUACAAAGAAGUAGUGUUAUCUUCACUUUAUGGACACAAAUUGUAAAUACUGAACUUUUAAAAACUCGUUCAAUGUUUCAAAUUUACAUUUGAAAUAUAUUUUAUUGCAACAGAGAUCUAUAUAAGAUAUAAAUGAUGGACUUUUCCGAGCCAGAAUCUUACCUCAAAGACUGAAAAGAAAUGUGACAGAACUUCCAAUCACUCCGUGUGAUUCAGACAUAAAAAAGUUGUUUUGAUGUGAGGUGAUGACGCUAUAUGAAAUCAUUGCAAACCAAAUGGAUCAUUUAUUUUUUGGCUUUUUGUGGUAGAUGAAAUUGGUUCAUAUUCAUUCAGUACUAGCAUAGGACAGAAAUGCUGAUAAUCAUUAUCAGAAUAAUGUUUAUAAUAUGCAUUGAUUUUUACGCAAUGCUUUUCUAUUUCCUUGUAAUAAAUAUUAUUUUGAAUUUGUUACAAAAUUUGCCAUGGUGCAACUGUAAUCAGUGACAGUUUAAAAUGACAGGGUAAGGAAAGCUUCACAAUGUAUUAUUACGCUUAGUCAAAAUAGUUCUUGAUAUAACCUUCACGGAUUGAAAUAAAAAUAAAAUAGUAGCCAAAUUUUAAUUAUGAUAAUCGGUUAGAAUAUCUGAUGAAGAUUUAUAUUUAAAAAUUCUAAAAAUAAGGUGUAUGAAGACCCUUUUUCUUUUACUACAAAACAAAUAGAAGCACGUGAUUCGUUGAUUAUUAUAUAUUGUCCGCAAGUAUUGUAACUGAUUACAAAGAAUAUUUCCAUUUGAGUCAAAAUUCUUUUUCUUAUCAAAAACGAUUCAUUUUAUUUUAGAUUAAGUUUAUAGAUAUAAAAAGAAGAAAUAUAAUAAUUUUUUUGUUCAAAUUUGAGAUACCUAUGAAAUAAUAUAUGAUUUCUAAAAUAUAGAGCUUCUUAAGUUGUGCAUAAUGAUUUCCUAAAACGAUAUUAGCUAGGACGAUAUUUAAAUCAUGUUGUCCUUUUCUAGAUUUCGCAAUAGAAAGAAAUUAAAUACUGCUGAUUUUAAGAUCUCUAUUAAAAUUUUAUGAAAUAUUAUUACAAACAUUUUAUUUAUUCAUUAAUAAUUUAUGUUUCAUUUUGGUAUUUCACCAUUCUACUUUUGAAAUUGAAGCAAAAUUUUCUUGAUAAAGGCAAUUACAAAAGAUUUUCAACUUCAAAGUAUCGCAAAAGUAAAACAUUGAAGCAUCAUAACCAUAACCGGCUACUCUGACCCGCCCGAAGGCACACGGAAAAAACUGAAUGAUCGGACCACAACAACAGCAAUACUGACAGGAACUAGUUGAGUCCUAAGGGCCCUCACCGGCCACGGUACAACCCAUACCGUGGGAAGUACAUCUCGUCAUCGAUAGGAGGUAGCCAGUCCCCACCAUUUCUGUACCUACCAGAAACGAGACCAGGGUAACGAGAACCACCCACCAUGCCGUAAACUUCUCAUCCUCAUUUUUGAAGUGCCACCCCCCCCACCUCGGUGGAAGUAAAACAUUUAAGAAGUCCUGAAAUAAUUUAUCUAGAAGCUAAUUGAAAAAAAAAAUAAUUUGCACAAAUAUUUUGAUCCUGAGAUAAUUCAGUCCACUAAAGCAAUUGAUGAAGAGUGCUUUGUACAAAUAUUUUAGUCUUGAAGUAAUACAUUGUGAAAUCAGCUGAUGAAAAAUGUUUUACACAAAUAUUUUAACACUAUAUAGUAAUCUAUUGGAAAAUAAACUAACGAAAAACUUUUAGUCAUAUUUUAGCCUUAAGGUAAUCCAUUGUAAAAUUAACAGAAGAAAGAUGUUUUUUCAAACAUUUUAGCCUCUGAUGUUACCGGACAGAAAAUCAACAGGAGAUAAAUAUUUUGCACAAAUAUUUUAAUGCUGGAUAAUGAUUUGGGAUAUCAACCGAGACAAAAUGUUUUACACAUAUAUUUUGUGAAAAUGUGAAACUUUCAAUUUUUAUUUUGUAAUGCUAUUAUUUUGUUGCUGAUGCGAACUUGCUGAUAAAAUUAGAUAAAACAUUUAGUGAUUUUUUUAAUUAUAGAUGUGUAAAUAAGAUAUUUUAUUUUAAACCUUAGAACUUUCAAUCCUAUAGAUAUUUCUAUAAGUCAGCAAGCGACCAAAGAUUUCUUCCGAACUGCUUAUUAUUUAGCACUGUGUUCUGGUGUGUCUCUUAUUUAUUUUGAAAUAUAUAUGAUAUCGUGGAAAUUGUGUGAUUGAAUAUAGAACAAAACUAGUCGUCACAUUUUGGCGAUUUUUAAUCACUUUUUAUGAUAAAUAUCAAUGAAAUGGAUGUUGUAACACAGGAUGUUACUCUCCUGAUAACCGCGCAAUGUACAAGAGAACAAACGUGUUUGUGUUAGAAUUAAACGCAAUUACUUUGUAUAAACUGUGUAUUAAUUACAUGUUAGUAGUAUCAGUAAAUUGUACAUACUCCAUUUGAUAUAUUGUUUCUAGAACACACGUCUACUUAACAUUGCUAAUUGUUUUGUAAAUAACUGUGACGCUGUGGGUGCUAUUCUUUCUGUAACUGCAUUUGAUAUUUUGUAGAUAUUUCAGAAGAAAUUAUACAAAUGAAUUGAUAUUUAUAAUGGUAAGAUUUAGAAAGAGUACGAAACAUCUAACUGAAAGACUAAUUUCUCUUUAGAAUCUAUAUAUUUUCUAGUCUCAUAACUCAUCUUUAUUGAAAAUAAAUUAAUAGU